GGUCGGCGGGCGCGGCGGGGGAGACGGCUGGUCGGCUGGUCCGACUGGCUCGGGUGCAGACUCAGCUGUGGGCAGGCGAGAGCGGCGUGCCUCUGGCCGUCCCACUGGGGCGCGGAUCCGAGCCGGGGUGCACCGCAUGACGGACGGUGUAAGCACGUUGCGGACCCGUGUUCGACUUGGCCUCCCCUGGAGCGUAAUCUCGGAGACCCCUUUGGCAGUUACCAGCCCUGAAAAUGCUGGAGGCUGGGUGUGGCCCCAGGCCAGGGAACCUGUUUUUCCUGUUUUCCUGCAGAGCUUCUGUCCAGGGCGAGCAUUCAUGAGUGAGGAACCUGAGCCUGUUUUGAGCAUCCCAACCCGGAGCACAGGGGCUGGUCAGGAAAAGGGUGAUGGCUGUGGACCCGGAUUCCUGGAAUGACACCAUUAAUGGUACCUGGGAUGGGGAUGAGCUGGGCUACAAAUGCCGCUUCGAUGAGGACUUCAAGUAUGUGCUGCUGCCAGUGUCCUAUGGUGUGGUGUGUGUGCUCGGGCUGUGUUUGAACGUCGUGGCACUCUACAUCUUCCUGUGCCGCCUCAAGAGCUGGAAUGCCUCCACCACGUACAUGUUCCACCUGGCUGUGUCUGAUGCACUGUAUGCAGCCUCACUACCGCUGCUGGUUUAUUACUAUGCCCACGGUGACCACUGGCCCUUCAGCACGGUGCUCUGCAAGCUGGUGCGCUUCCUCUUCUACACCAACCUGUACUGCAGCAUCCUCUUCCUCACCUGUAUCAGCGUGCAUCGGUGCCUGGGUGUCCUGCGCCCUCUGCGAUCCCUGCACUGGGGCCGGGCCCGCUAUGCCCGUCGGGUGGCAGUGGCCAUUUGGGUGCUGGUGCUGGCCUGCCAGGCACCUGUGCUGUACUUUGUCACCACUAGUGUGCGUGGGGCCCGAAUCACCUGCCAUGACACAUCAGCACCUGAGCUCUUCAGCCACUUCAUGGCCUACAGCUCUGUCAUGCUGGGCCUGCUCUUUGCAGUGCCCUUUGCCAUUAUCCUGGUCUGUUACGUGCUCAUGGCCCGGCGGCUGCUCAAGCCAGCUUAUGGGACCUCAGGAGGGCUGCCACGGGCCAAGCGCAAGUCAGUGCGCACGAUUGCCCUGGUGUUGGCUGUUUUUGCCCUCUGCUUCCUGCCUUUCCAUGUCACCCGCACCCUCUACUACUCCUUCCGUUCACUUGAUCUCAGCUGUCACAUUCUCAACGCCAUCAAUAUGGCAUACAAGAUCACCCGGCCCCUCGCCAGCGCCAAUAGUUGCCUUGACCCAGUGCUCUAUUUCCUGGUUGGCCAGAAGCUUGUCCGCUUUGCCCGUGAUGCCAAGUCAUCACCAGACCCCACCCCUACCACCCCGGCUCGACGUAGGCUGGGCUUCCACAGGUCUGACAAAACUGGCUCCCAGAGGAGAGACUUGUCAGCCAGCAGCGAGAACUCUCAUCGGACAGAGUCCACAGUGGCCAGAAGCGAGAACACUAAGGACAUUCAGCUUUAGGACCUGAGACCCUUGGGCUUCUGCAAAUUUAUAUGGAGGAGCUGUAGGGACCAUGGCUCAUUUAAAUGGAACAGUGUUCCCAGAUAUGGACCAUCAGUGACUUUGUCAUCGGCAGAGGCUGAGGAUACUCUACCCCUGUGAUCCAGAAAGGCACCUGAUCCCAGGUCCCCUGUUAGCAUUUGUAUGAGUGGGAAAUAAGGUUUUGAAAAAGGAAAGUGUUCAGGACCUGUGCUACCUGACUCUCAUGCAGCUAUCUGGCUGUCACUACCACGGUACCACUGCUGUGAUCCAGCCUAAUCCAGACACAGAGAGGAAGCCAUGAAGCAGAGCUGGAGUGAGGGAUGGAGUCACAGGUUGACCAGAGCACCUUGGUAAGGUGUCAGGGCCGAAUUCCCACAGGCAUCUGGGAUGGGACUGAGUGCCACAGUGGUCUCAGCUCAGAGAAGUACCCCCAGCCCAAGAGAUAAACAUCUGAGGCUGAUGUCACACCCAUCUGGAGGCUCCCCCUGGGUUGGGACCCAGUUUGAGACUGUAACUUAUACUAAAGACUGUGCUGCUUGUUGAGCUGUGCUGUCUUGUAUGGCCUAGGAAGCUUUCCAUAUCUACACAAGGGCCUCUCCACCACAUUCUCUUCUGCCACCCACUAACUGCUUUAGGGGCAUGUCACAUUAGAAAUCCCCUCUGCAGAUGCUGGGUAUAUCCCACUUUAAAAUCAUUUGACUUCUGUACCUCUUUCUGUGUGAGGCAGAGAAGACUCAAGCGGGAUCUCAGUUCUUCAGUUCCCCAGAUUGGGUGACAACCAGUCAUGUGCUGGUAAAUGUUAAACUGGACCUUCAGAGGAGUUGAGGAACCCCUUAUUUGUAGCAUUGCCUAUUGCCAUUCCUGCCAUGGCCAAUUUCAAAUUGUCAGUGCAAUGUCAUCUCUUUGCAAAAUUCCUGAAAAUUUAACAUCUGGCUCUUGCAAGCAGGCACACGUUGAAGAGUGUACCACUGGGUCAUGCUGAGUGCGUGGGGCUGUGGCCAGGGGCUUAGGGAAGCCUUCCUGGACUGGGUGCUUCUGAGCUGGGGCAUCUCAGGAAAGCAGCUCAUAAGAACACCCAGUGUAGGACACAUUCUAAGCAAGGGUAGGGGACUGGGGAGCAGAUAUACAGAGACAACAGCAGCCUGGGCAGCUGCCCAGGCUCAGUACAGAGGUGAAGCUUCCUCCUUGCCCUGGCCCUGAGGCUUCCUUUGUAUAAGAUACAUAUGAGUGAGAUUCACUCCUCUCUCUACCCAGGUCUAGGCCUAGGCCUUCUGGGAAAAAUCUCACCUUUUGGGAAUCAUGGUUGGUAUUCCAGCUGAAUCAGGGGUUAAUAUGGGAGAAGUGGGCUUACCUGUGGCCAGUGUUGGACCUGGCCAGGACUGCUCUAGGCCAGUUUGUCACACUCUGGGACUGUGGACUCUGGGUAGGGCUAAGCCCUGGCCUUCAGACAGGGAUUGGAUGAAGCCGAGUGGCCUCAUUUUUGACCUUCAGGACAGGAACUCCUCUCCCUCUGGGUGAGCCUUGCCCUGUGGGCCCACUACGCUUUAGAGAGGGUGUCUCCUUCCCUACCUUACCUCUUCCACCUGCCUCCUAUGGCAGGUCUACCCUUCCCACUUACCUGUAUCAAAGCCAGAAGAUCCAACCCCAGGAGUAGCUCUGUUUAUAUAUUGUGGUUGUUGCUUUGAAACAGAGUUUUGCUAUAUUACCCAGGCUAGCCUCAAAUUCCUGGGCUCAAGUAAAUCUCCUGCCUCAGCCUCCUGAGUCAUUGGGACUACUAGGACAUGGUAGCUUUAUAUAGAACUUGGUUCCACAACUCCCUCAGAUGACAGGAACUCAUCACACACCAUAAUGUAAUGAAAAGACUGCAUUAUGUAAUUCUGGGUGACCUGUCCAGAAUAGUGUCAGAUGCUCACCUCCCAUGUUCUAGCUUCUAUACUCUCUUGAUGCAGCUAGAGUCCUUUUGUGCUUUCUUGACAGCCUCCUUUUCCAGGGUAUCCUGAGUCUUUCCUGUAGACCCAAACCUAUCUCUUUCCUACCAGUUGCUGCUCAGGGAGCUCCUUCCCAGGUGAUAAACUCUGAUGGCAAGAAGUGUAGAAGCUGGGCUCUGAUGCUGUCAGCCCCAGCUGGGACCUGGAAACAGGGGGCUGUGUCAUGACUUUGGGUCCUUUAGUAUACAUGUGUGGCUGGGGAGUGGGCUGUGGCCACCACAGGCCAAGUUCCUUAGUCCCCAUUUCUUUGUUGUCCUGCCCCACUAGCCCUUCCACAGCUGCCCUACAGACCCUGAGAAUCCAGUGCUGCAACAGCCUGGCCUCAGCCAGGAAGCUUUCCCUGAUCCAUUGCUUACAGGUUUCCAAGGACACAGGACCUAGGAGGCUUAUUGCCACUUAGGCCUAUGGCAGAUAUGGGUGGAUGUGGGGAAUGGAGAUCCCAGGGGAGCCAGGAACAGGGCCCAAGCCCCCACCUCUGGACCCUGGUUGGACUGCCUGGCCCCUCAGUGUGGACAUCUGGCCUUGGUGCUUAGUUCCCAGGCCACUCGCCUGAGGGUGAGGCUCCUGGCCUUGCUGCCUCGUGCUAUUUUCAGCCCAAGUAAGAUCAAGAUUUUCCACUCCUGGCCCUAGACUAUUGUCUGACGUGGAUGACCUGCCUGUCCUCAAAAUAUCUUAUGUUGCCCUCUGGACCUCCCUGCCCCCUUCCCACCUCCUCACCCUGACAUCACUUCCUAAGGCUGUUGACUCCUGAAGGCCACUGUGAAAGGGCACCAGUCAUCCAGCCAGCAGCCAGCAGCCACCAGUGACAGGACCCUAGGGAUUACCCAGCCCAGCUGCAGACUCAAGGCCAGAGAGGGGCGGGGCCUCAUCCAAGUCACUCAGCAGGUCUUUGAGGCGCCCGGAUAUGAGCCACAGGCCUAAGCUGCUCCUGCUGCCAUUCACCCCCUCCAGUGCAGGUCAGAGCCUUUGCAGGGUUCUACUGUCCACCCCCUCACCCCCAGCCAUGGAGCUGAGACCAGAGACAUAGUGCAGGAUGGGAGGAGGGUGAGGAGAGAGAGUGAGGUGGUGGUGAAUAAAAUUUUCUGACCUCUGCAAAAGCUGACUUCAGUGAGCUCCAUGUAUCAGAGCAUGGCCCUGGCACAUAGACUCCCUCCUGAGCAGCAGAGGUCCCCAAGACCAAGAAAGAGUGGAGAAUCCUAAAGGCCACACAUACAACCUCACCCUUGGAGGCCAAGAAAGGCCCUGGACAACAUGUUGCCCACACAGAGCUGCUCCUGGGCAGGCCACCACAGCUAUCCCUCAGCUACCCUUGUCAUGAAGAUUUGGCACCUGGGGAGAUCAGGCACAUGGGGGAGGGGACUCACAUACUGGUCCAUGUCCCAUGAACCAUAUAGGACUGUUACAUAUUUAGUUGUUCUUCACACCCACCCUGAGAAGCAGAUGUUAUCCUCCCCAUUUAGUGGCUGAGGACACAGGAGAGGGCAUUGAGGAGUACAGGGUUAAUGACCUAGGUGACACAAGCUGCAGGUGGGUGAGGGGAGAGGAUUCUAGGCUCCCUGGUGUCUAAUGAAUUCCCUUUGCAGUGGUCCACACCAUUCACAACCUCUACACAGCAAGAGGCUCUGCAAAUGACCCUUCCCACAGCUCAGGACUGGCGCAGCGUUGUAGUAAGGACAGGUUGGGAAUCAUAGAUCCUGCACUAAGACCACCUUGGUGUAAAGGUCAUCUCCACUUUCCCAGCCAUGCAUUUUCUCAAUCUUGCAGCACCUCAGUUUUCUCAUUUGAUAAGAUGCUCUCCUUCCACUGAGGGCAUUGGGAGGCUCACUUGGCUCAAUGCACAGGAAAUACUUGGUAUAGUGCCUGGCAUUUCCAUGCCAAUAUUGUGCCAGGGCAAAUCAGGGUAAGCCGGUAGGGGACUGUCCUCCCAAAGCUGACAUAAUUUUAUGUCAUCACAUUGGGAUAAAUGCUUUGAAGAGGAGCCUAGUGUGCUUGGUCACCAAGCAACACAAGAUCUAACAGCUCCAGAUCUGGUUAUGGGAGGGAGGGAAGUAGAUCCACCCUGGGCAGGGUGGGGCCCAUCUCUGGCCUACCUGGUACUGGGUGGUUUUUGGGCAAAUGGACCUGUGCAUUUCCAGAACCUUGUCCUGGUGCCCACCUGUAGGGCAGUGUGUGUGUGUGUGUGUGUGUGUGUGUGUGUGUGUGUGUGUGUGGCAAUGAGGACCAGCCCCUAUGGGGUUCAGAGCUCCCCCAUUCUCAGUGGCAGGCUUAACCAUUUCUCCCUUACUAGCAGUACCUGGCAUGGCAGUCUGGAGCCACAUGUUCAACCAGAGCUUGGAGAUCUGGGAUUGGAGAAAUGGCCUGGGGCUGGGCCAGAGCAGGCAGCUUUGCUGGUGAACUGAGGCCUCUGCAGCCUGGAGGCCCCGCCUCCCUAUUCCACUUCUCCCACACUUAAUCAGGGCAUCACUGUCUGUAGUUUCAAGGCAUAACUAACAGUUUCUCCCUUAGGCUUUGCUAAGACCAUUGAACUCUCAGUCCUAAGGGCUGGGGUAGGAGCAGAAGAUCUCCCUUCAAUCAAGGGAUCAAAGAGGUGAAGUGACUCCAUUACCACCAUGCAGCAUGCAGUGGAUUGUCAGCCAUGAGUGACUGGGCUACAGGAGGAGGGUAUGACAGUAACAUAGUACAGUUGGGACAACUCACCUGAACCUAGGGAACACCCCAGGGCCAACUUCCUCCUAAGGCCUGCUACUCAGAAGCAAAGAUAAGAAUAACAAAGAUUCCAGAAACAUUCCCAGAUCCCAAACCAGGAUGUGUGUGUGCCACACCUGCUGCCAGGAUAUAGUAACCUUUCUUCACUUGCAGCAUAUGGACUGCAUCUCACGUUCCACCGUAGCAGUGCGUUAUGGGAAAAGAGUGUACAGUAGACACAGUGGACAUGACUUGGCACCCUAUCAAUCAUGUUGUUAAUCACACUCUGGAAGACCCGAUGAAAGGUGCCCUAGACCUGGCGAAGCAUUUUAAAUUCUUAAACCCAAUCCAUUCAGUGCUUGGGCUGUAUUUCUUUCUGCCUGAGUGAGCCUGCUUACUCUGAGCAUACCUUUUCCUAAUUAAACUUCAUUAAACUUUGCUGCUUUUUCAUUAC